GCGCACCCAGUGUCUCGCUGGAGUUAAUCCAGGCAUAUAAAGCCUUUGUCAAAGCCACGCUGUUACAUCCGAGAAAAGCCGAGCGUUAUACCGAGCGUUAAUCAUGAGGGAGAUUGUUCAUAUCCAAGCCGGCCAGUGCGGUAACCAGAUCGGUGCCAAGUUCUGGGAGGUGAUUAGCGAUGAACAUGGCAUUGACCCAACAGGAACCUACCAUGGGGAUAGUGACCUGCAGCUGGACAGAAUCAGUGUCUACUAUAAUGAGGCUACAGGAGCUAAAUAUGUACCCCGAGCUAUCCUAGUUGACCUGGAGCCUGGCACCAUGGACUCAGUCCGCUCUGGACCCUUCGGCCAAAUCUUCAGGCCCGACAACUUCGUGUUUGGUCAGAGUGGUGCUGGUAAUAACUGGGCUAAAGGCCACUACACAGAGGGAGCAGAGCUGGUGGAUUCUGUCCUGGAUGUUGUGAGAAAGGAGUCUGAGAGCUGCGAUUGCCUCCAGGGCUUCCAGCUCACCCACUCGCUGGGUGGUGGCACCGGAUCCGGUAUGGGUACACUGCUCAUCAGCAAGAUUCGUGAGGAGUAUCCUGACCGUAUCAUGAACACCUUCAGCGUGGUGCCUUCUCCUAAAGUGUCUGACACAGUGGUGGAGCCCUACAACGCCACACUCUCUGUUCAUCAGCUGGUGGAGAACACAGACGAGACAUACUGCAUCGACAACGAAGCUCUGUACGACAUCUGCUUCCGCACUCUAAAACUCACCACUCCCACUUAUGGCGACCUGAACCACCUCGUCUCUGCCACCAUGAGUGGUGUCACCACAUGCCUCCGCUUCCCCGGGCAGCUCAAUGCUGACCUGCGCAAGCUGGCUGUCAACAUGGUGCCCUUCCCACGUCUGCACUUCUUCAUGCCUGGUUUUGCACCUCUUACCAGCAGGGGAAGCCAGCAGUAUCGUGCUCUCACCGUGCCUGAGCUCACACAGCAGGUCUUUGAUGCCAAGAACAUGAUGGCUGCCUGUGAUCCACGCCACGGUCGUUACCUGACCGUAGCCGCUGUCUUCCGUGGCCGCAUGUCCAUGAAGGAGGUGGAUGAACAGAUGCUCAACGUUCAGAACAAGAACAGCAGCUACUUUGUGGAAUGGAUCCCCAACAAUGUCAAGACUGCCGUGUGCGACAUCCCACCACGCGGUCUCAAGAUGGCGGUCACUUUCAUCGGUAACAGCACAGCCAUCCAGGAGCUGUUCAAACGCAUCUCUGAGCAAUUCACUGCCAUGUUCCGACGCAAGGCCUUCUUGCACUGGUACACUGGAGAGGGCAUGGAUGAGAUGGAGUUCACCGAGGCCGAGAGCAAUAUGAAUGACCUGGUAUCUGAGUACCAGCAGUACCAGGAUGCUACCGCUGAAGAAGAGGGCGAGUUUGAAGAGGAGGCUGAUGAAGUCGCCUAAGAAGCAGAGGGCAGGGGAGUGGGAAUGGGAGCAGAAUUUGGAGGGAGUAGUGUUAGAUUAAGGGGGAGAUAAAUGUAGCACAGCACAUGCGGAAUCAACCGUAAGUGUCUUGAAGUUAAAGUUAGCACUAGACAAAUGGGGCCAAAACAACCAGAGAAGUCUUGAACAAAUGUUCUUGAGCACAGAAUAAAAACACUAGUAGUAAUAGUUCCUUCAUUAUAAAUCCGGUGUACCAGUGUCAUCACUCCGUCUCUAUUCACAGCAGAAAAGGUAUGAUGUGGCCGAUUUUUGUAAACCAGAUAAAGUUUAGUCUGACACUCAAAACUGGCACUGAGGCUAGAUUUAAUACAUACAUAUCUACUGUAUGUUUCGGAAACCAGUCAUAUUGAUCUGGCUGAUAAGUUCAGUGUCCCAUCGGCAGAGCUCUGCAAGCUGGUUUAAAUAAAUAGAAUGAAAAUAUAACGAAGCCCAUUUAAAUAAGGCUGUGAUGGAGAUGGGGGAAGAUUCCCUAUUGGUGAUAUGAUUUAGACCCAUCAUUUACUUUCUUUUUUUCGUCUUUCAUUUUAAGUUCUUGCUUUACUGUUUAAACAGCCAGAGGAAAUGUGAAAAACAAAUUCCAGAACAGAUUCAAGUCUGAUUCUAAAAGUGUUUGUGUAUUCCUCCUAAAGUAAGUGUUGCACUACAAUGGGACGACUUUGCACAAUGAUGCCACUUCAACAUGUCCUCGUUCACAGUAUUCAGUCAAAUGGUUUACAAAAGAGUCACAGGGUUUAAGGAAAGACUGCAAGAAAAAUCACAAGUGUGGGAACAAGGGAGAGCGUCAUUCAGUCUUCCUGCCUGGACGCCAACCAACGUCUGCAGAGGGAAAGCCUGGAUGGCAUCAGUGAAACAGGAAUGUAGAACCGAUCGUGUGGGAAAACUUGUACUUCACAAAAAGAUUUUAGAAGGUUAAAUAGGAAGGCAUUAAAAUCGUAUCAUGAAUUUAUAGAAUGUGUCCUGGAUCUGAGCCCAAAGCUUUUUAAACUUGUUUUAAGCAUGUUUAGUUUCUUCUUCAUCGUGAAGUGUUAAGAAUGUCCCUUACAUUUUAUAUUUCAAUUUCCUAAUGGAAGGACCUGAGCCUCUGGUGGAAAAAGACAAUAAAAUAAACAUGAAACAU